CCCUCCACUCCCCCCUCUUUCUUCCCCACUCGACUCCUCUCCCCCCCUCGCGCCCACAGCGUUUGGUGUUGAUUCGAGCGGGAAGAGGGGGGUGGGUGGGAUUGGAGGGGAGACCAUGACCUCCAGCUACGGGCACGUUCUGGAGCGGCAACCGGCGCUGGGCGGCCGCUUGGACAGCCCGGGCAACCUCGACACCCUGCAGGCGAAAAAGAACUUCUCCGUCAGUCACCUGCUAGACCUGGAGGAGGCCGGGGACAUGGUGGCGGCACAGGCGGACGAAAGUGUGGGCGAGGCGGGCCGGAGCCUGCUGGAGUCACCCGGACUGACCAGUGGCAGCGACACCCCUCAGCAGGACAAUGAUCAGUUGAACUCAGAGGAGAAGAAGAAGAGAAAGCAACGAAGAAACAGAACAACCUUCAACAGCAGCCAGCUGCAGGCCCUGGAGCGUGUCUUCGAGCGGACACAUUACCCGGAUGCUUUUGUGCGAGAAGAUCUUGCACGUCGGGUGAACCUCACUGAGGCCAGAGUGCAGGUGUGGUUUCAGAACCGAAGAGCCAAGUUCCGCCGGAAUGAGAGAGCCAUGCUGGCCAAUAAAAAUGCUUCCCUCCUCAAGUCCUACUCAGGAGACGUGACUGCUGUGGAGCAGCCCAUAGUACCUCGCCCUGCUCCUAGACCCACCGAUUAUCUCUCCUGGGGGACAGCCUCUCCGUACAGCGCCAUGGCUACUUAUUCUGCCACAUGUGCCAACAAUAGCCCUGCACAGGGCAUCAACAUGGCCAACAGCAUUGCCAACCUGAGACUGAAGGCCAAGGAAUAUAGUUUACAGAGGAACCAGGUGCCAACAGUCAACUGAGGAAAAAAAAUAAUUAAACAGGCCUAAGAAGAAAGCAAAAACCAUAAGAAACCUAUCCUGUUCUGUCAUUUCUUCAUCUGCUGGAAAAAAAAUAAAAGCAAACAAACAAAGCCAGAACUAAAAUAUUGGGACCAUGGCGGAGAAAAGCAGGAGAGGAACAAAAUGAAAAUUAGUUAACAGUGGUUCCUUCUUCCUCUCGGAUAUCAUCACCAUUUGCUUCUGUGUGUGUUUAUUGUGUUUUCCUUCUAUCCAUGCUUUGCUAAUUAUACUCCAGGCUUCUUCAGUUAGGCUCAGCCCACCCAUUCCUAUAACUGUAUGAGAAUUAAAAAAAAAAAUCUGCAGCAGCCAAAGAAACACACACACACACACACACACACACACACACACACACACGUAUACGCACAUACAUAUAUAUGUAUGUGUGAAAGAUUACUUCUCAGUAGCCAAUUUGACCUCAGUGCCUUACUCUGUCUCCUUCUAAGUCUCUUUAGGAGAUUUUGAAAAUCCAAAGCAUUUCUGAAGAAUCUGUAUCAUUGUCUCCAUGUCUGUUUGUCGUGGUAAGGUUUUUCUAUCAGCUUCAGGAAUAAGAAAUGUACAGAUGUUCUGGUGUCUGACCUGUCUAGUCAAUGUGAUUGGCCAUGUCUGGUGCACUCUAAGCUCUAAGAUCGAGAGCUAAUCUGUGGAUUUAAGCCCUAAGCUCUAGAUUAUAAUGUCACCAUCAACACCGUCCCUCAUCCAAACCAAACAAUAAACAUCCUAACUUAAAGAUUUUGUUGCUUUUGAACAAUUGCUGUCACUUGCUCUUUGGUAGAAGAAGUACUUUUGGCUUUAGAGAUGGAGAGAAUUUUUGUAGGAUAUUUUGUAGAUUUUUUUUUAGGGAAACAAAUGCUGAAUUGUGAAAGGCAUAGCCUUUACCUCUUUGGUGCCUUAGGGGUGGUCAGAUGCACACUUACAUAUAUAUAUAUAUAUAUUCUGUGUAUAUUUAUAUAUAUUAUAUAUAUAUAUAUAAUAUUGCAAGCUUCAGUUUGCAGUUUCUCAAACACUAUAAAAGCAAACUUUACACCACCACCAUGCUCCUUAUCUACAGAGGAAUGAUACAUUAAUGUGGCAUCUUGCUGUUUUCCAUAUUCUAUACAAAAUUCUCAUUAAGGUCAAAGAGCAAUUUGCUAGGAAACUGUUUGAGAACAGCUUUCAUUUUCACAUUAGGGCUUUAAUGGGAAUAGGAAUUAUUUGGCAGUAUAAGAAUGAUCUUGAGUUUGGAGCCUAAGCUUAGAUGGAAAGUCUAUAUCAUCUGACAUAUCACGGAAAAUAUACCCAGAAAACAGGCACAGUGUGGGGGCGGGGAAGGGGAAUAGUUAGCCAUCUGCUCUUUCUCCACUCCGCAGAAAUAUGAAAACAAGUAAUGUUUAAGUGAAGUGCCUAGAGCUAAUAAAAAAUUAAGGACAGUUGUACUUUUAUAUUUUAGUAUUUUUGAAAUGAGGUUUAGUAUGUAGGGUGGGAGGCAGGGAAGGUAUUUCUUUGUUUCUCUUUGUUCCCAGUUAUGCUUUGUCAACUUUCCUGGUGGACUUGACCAAACCAUGUUACCACACUGUGUCUAGUUUACCUGAUUAUAAAAUGGGUUUAAUAAUUCUUACGUACCUCACAGGGAUGCUGUGAGGCUAUGUUCGUUGGCUCUACUUCUUUCUCUUUUCUUUCUUUUCUUUUCUUUUCUUUUCUUUUCUUUUCUUUUCUUUUUUCUUUUCUUUCCUUUCCUCCCUCCCUCCCCCUCCCUCCCUUCCUUCCUUGUUCUUUGUUUUUCCAGCACUUUGUAGCCAUGGGAGAAAAGGGACUUUAAGAGCAUACAAUGUUCAUGGACUAACACAGCAUCUGGAAGCUUUGUUUUCUAGCAGGAAAUGAUACCUGGCUGUGUAUACAUAUAACCCAACCCUGUGUUUGGAAAUAAUAAAUAGGUUUAUAUUUUUAGAUAUCUCAACAAUCACAUCAUUUGACCAAAGAAUAAUUUAAGGCACAAAGUAUAGAGAUAUUUUUAACUUAUAUUUUCAUCAACAACUUGGUUCUAAUAACCAUAGUUCUCAGUGAAUAAAAUGCUUCAGAUUGAUUUUGGCCAAAUAUGUCAACUUUGUAAUAUGAGUGACAGGCAAAGUAUUUGGGGGUAUACGAUGCACCUUUAGUACACGUUUGUACUUCCCUUGGCAUAGCUAAUUGAGUUAAUGGUGAUAUUAUUUCAGUUAACAGCCACCGGUCUAAAAAUAUAUUUCAAGUGAUUUUGUACUUUGUUUAAUAAUAAGAAGGAAGACCGUCUUGUGUACUUUGAUCUCAUGAAGUGAACCUUCUCAAUAACUACUAUUAAAGCAGUUCUUUCAGAGUAGGUCAUGUGGUCUGGCUGAACGCACACUGCUUGUUUUAAGGAGUCUUACCACUCAUGUAUUUGCCCCAUUGGUUGCUGUGUGUUAUCAAAUUUCAAAGGAACAGUACAACCUUAUUGUAAAAACUUCCUUUGAUUUGUAAAGUGAGUACAAGUCCAAUAGACUGAUAAACUUUGGGGAUUUAGAGUUUGCAGCGAAUAGCUAAAAGAUUUGGAUUGUAGGCAAGGAACAGAAAUUAGAAAUGAAAAGGUUUUGCUAAGGAGGGUAGAAUCUUGGAAGAGAGUCAUAUAAGAAAAUUGUUUGAAGUUGUUUGAAUCCUUCAUCCUGACUUCAUUUCCAGUGGCCAUCAAAAGAGCCCGAUUCCAUAAACUCAGAGGAGAAAGUGGGAGGAGGCCUUAUCUGAUGCUUCAAAUCAGCAAUUUCUGGGAAUUUCAUAGAAUAACCCAUGCUAGUUAGUCACAGGAAUGCCUGCUGCUGGUGGACCCACACCACAACAUCUUUAUCUGAGCACUUAUCUGGAGAUAUCCCUGAAACACUAGCUCUCAAUUUUGUUCAUGUGAUCCACUUUUUAAAUAAACAUAAGUUUAACAAGUAAUUUGAAGGAAUAGAUUUCUAGCUUGUAAGUCAACUGCCAGAGGAGUGUUGCAGUGCCACAGACUCAAGGCAUACAUACACCUGUUGCUCUCCAUCAAUAUACCCAGAUGAAGGCAUUAAACUAUUAUUGUCCCCAAUCCCUUUCCAAACAAGAGGCUAAUUAGUAGAGUACUUGGCAGGUUAAAUUAAACCAGAAGUAAUGACCUAAUUAAAUGACAUAUGGUAAUAAAGAUCUCAUAAGAAAUGUAAUAUGUAAAUUAUAACUUGCUUUAUGAUGUAAAAUAUACAUUGUUUGUGCUAGAAUAGAAAUGAUUUCUUUUCAAUAAAAUGAAAGACGGAUACAACAUUA